AUGAUCGAUCAAAAAUUAUUAAUUAGUUUAAGUAUUGUUCUUCUAUUAACUUUUUAUGAUUUAAAUCGAUCAUAUGUAUAUCAAAAUCCAAUUUCAAUAAAUAAUGAUAUUUCAUCUAUUCCAACACCUAAAAUGAAAAUGCAAAUGGCACCAAUUAUUAAAUUUCGUUAUUGUCAUAGUUGUGGAUAUCAAAAUCUUUUUAAACAAUUUUCUGAACUUGUUCAUAAACAUUAUCCAAAUAUAGCUGUCAUAGGAGAAAAUUAUUCACCAUCACCAUUGAAAGCUUUACUUGCUCGAAUAUUAUCAAUAAUUAAAAUUAUUUUACUUAUAUGUCUUCUUUUUAGUCAAAAUCCUUUUUCAUUUUUUCAUAUUUCAACACCAAAAAUUUAUUUAUGGGCAUUACAAAAUAAAAUGUAUGCUUGUUUAAUGAUUUUUUUUCUUUCAAAUUCACUUGAAUCAUAUCUUAUAUCAACGGGUGCAUUUGAAAUAUCAAUUGAUGAUGUACCAUUAUGGUCAAAACUUGAAACUGGUCGUUUACCAUCAAAUAAUGAAUUUAUUCAAAUGUUACAAACAUUUAGUGCAAAAAUAGAUUCCAAUAAUAAUAAUAAUAUUCAUCUUAAUAAUUGA